AUGACAGACCAAGGCGUUUAUAACACUCAAGAAAACAACGAAACUGGAAUGCUUGUUGGCGAGAAUAAUUUAGCCCCUUUUGUUAAUAAUGAGAAUCGUCACAACGAAAGAAGAAGAUGGGGAUUUAACAAGAGACGUCGACCACAUUUGACCCCCGAACAAGUGAGGCGAGAGAAUCUAAUUUCCCGUGUUGCGAUUAAUAUGUCGAUUGUAUUUAGCUUUUUUGUCUCGACGACGGUGAUGAUUGCUAUUGGCAUAUUUUACUGGGAGAUCUCAAUAGUGUGUGCAUUGGUGGUGUAUCCCCUCUAUAUUGUAGUGACUGUCUCUUACAAUAGAUGCGUCUUUGAGAAAAGUAAAUUAUAUGUACCAUUGGAUCAUCAUGUAGAAGGCGAACCUUUGUGUGACGUUUGUAAUUGCACGAAGCCGGAACGUGCGCAUCAUUGCUCGAAGUGUGGGAGAUGUGUUUUAAAACUCGAUCAUCACUGCCCGUUUGUUGGGAGUUGUAUUGGAUAUGGUAAUCAAAAGUUCUUUUACUUAACUCUAAUGUACUGUUUCAUAUUAAUGGUAUGCAAUAUCAUCAUAUCUUUUGUGUCAAUCACUUUGUUUACAAUCUAUUUCAUUCAAACGAAGGAAAUUAAUUACUUCUGUAUUUGUUAUAUACCAACUUUUGUGAACUUCAUCUUCUCGAUGGCAUUUCUCGCACCAUCGACACCAAUGCUCUUCCAACAAACAUUCAGAAUUAUGGCAAAUAUAAGCGGAAUUGAGAAGAAACAAUUACAAGACCAACUUCGAAACAUUAAAGACAUUCAACAAACAAAAUACUUUCUGGGGUAUUCAAGAAAUAUGAGAAGCGUCUUUGGAAACAACUGGUUGUUGGCUAUACUGCCAGUUUAUACCACCUUGGGAGAUGGUAUGAACUAUGACUUUAACACAACUCAACUAAAUCCUAUUUGA